ACUAGAUCCUGAAUAAUUCUACCUAAUUUCCAUUAUAUCCAACGCUCAUGCAUCUCAUUUCUCCCACUCUUUUCACAACCCAUGUUAAUAAUACAGGCAAGCAAACAUUAUUAAUUUCAUCCAACUGUCAUCCUUAAUUAUUUCCCAUCUUUUUUUGUUAACAAUGAGCUUAAUUCUUAAUUUCCCAUCCUCUAUACUUUUCUCAUCUUUUAGACCAAAAAUGAAACUCUCAAAAAAACCUCUAAUUUGUCAACAUUACUACAAACUUGAACAAACAAAUACUUUACUAUAUACAUUCAUUUCUUCCAUUUUCACUUCACAAUCCAUACAAUUAUCUCAAACUAGGCAAUUUUCAACUGCAACAACAUCUGAUUCAUCAUCUAUAACUCCAAUUAAUAAAAAUUUACUCUUAUUCAUAAACCAUUCGCCUGUGAAAAACGCGAUAUGGGAAGCAAGAUCAAGUAUUUUUUGGAGAUGUUCAUCAAUUUCUUCGUCAUCAAUUAUCCCCUUGACUACGCAAUGUGAUGAUCAUUUGAUCACUAAACCGCCAUCGAGGAGCAGGACUAGCGUUUUGUACAAGUUAUCGUCAGAUUAUGCGCUUCAGGAGAGGUAUAGGAACCCUAUGAAUGAGAUUCGAAUUGAAAAGCUGUUAGAAGAUCUAGAUGCAUUGGCCGGAACCAUUUCCUAUAAGCAUUGUUCAAGUGAUGAUGGCAAAGCAAGGUCAUUAACACUAGUAACUGCAUCAGUGGAUAAUAUAAUUUUGAAAAAACCAGUUAGAAUUGACACUGAUCUCACUAUAGAGGGGGCUGUUACAUGGGUUGGAAGUUCAUCUUUGGAAAUUCAACUAAAUGUCAAGCAAUCUACACCAGAAUCAAUCAAUUCCAGAGAGUCAGUAUCUCUUACCGCCAACUUCACAUUUGCAGCAAGAGACUCCAAGACAGGAAAAUCAGCUAAAAUCAACCCAAUUUUACCUGAAAAUAUAAACGAAAAAUUACUAUGGCAAGAAGCAGAAGAAAGAAACAAAAUGAGAAAAAAGAAAAAAGAACAAAAAAUAGACAAUUUAGGAGAAAAAGAAAAUAUGUUGAAUGAAUUGUUGUUAGCAAAUAGUGACGACAACAACAACAACAACAUUUUAAUUAAGGAUACUUGUCUACAAAAUUCUUUGGUAUGCCAGCCAGAACAAAGAAACAUUCAUGGACAAAUAUUUGGAGGUUAUUUAAUGAGGAAAGCGUUUGAAUUGGCAUAUGCAACAGCUUAUUCAUUUGUUGGAAGUCCACCUUGCUUUGUGGAAGUUGAUCAUGUUGAUUUCUUGAAACCUGUAGAUGUUGGAGAUUUCCUUCACCUCAAAUCAUGUGUUUUGUAUACACAAGUUGAAAAUUCAUCUAGGCCUUUGAUUAAUGUGGAAGUCAUAGCUCAUGUUACACAGCCCCAAAAUCAUUCUAGUGAGGUUUCGAACAAUUUCUACUUCACGUUCACUGUCCCCUCAGAUACACAAAGAAAUGGCUCGAAAAUUAGAAAUGUUGUCCCUGCUACAGAGGCGGAAGCGCUGUGUGUGAUCGAAUGUAUUGAUGUUGUGAGAAACAAGAGAGACAAUGUAGGAUGAGACUGAAUGAAUGCGCGUAAACACAACUCUCUCAUAACCAUCAAAGUGUGUCGUGGAGAUGGAUGAAAUCACUUUACCUUGAUCGUAAGUCUAGAAUUUGAGCCCUCUGUAUUGUGAAUCUGAAUUAAUCGGGUGUGUGAAUACUGGCGACUAGAUGUUAUAGCAAAAAUGAAAAAAGAAAUAAAUUGUAUUGCCUAGAAUUUAACUUUUAUAUAUAUAGACAUUAGACAUACUUCCAAUAUACUUUUAUUUAUUA